AUGGAGCCGGCCCCGGGCAGCGAUCGCCGCAGCCCCCCUGGCCCCGGAGUCCCGAGGCCGCCACCGCGGGGCCACGCGCCCUCGACCACCGCUCCGGCCCCCAGCCCGGCCCCGGCGAGCUCCUCGGUGCAGCCGGACGAGGAGCGGCAGCCGCGGAUCAGCGAGAGCGGCCAGUUCAGCGACGGGCUGGAGGAUCGAGGUUUACUAGAAAGCAGCACCCGACUGAAACCUCACGAAGCCCAGAACUACAGGAAGAAGGCAUUGUGGGUAUCCUGGUUCUCCAUUAUUGUCACCCUGGCCCUAGCAGUGGCUGCCUUCACUGUCUCCGUCAUGAGGUACAGCGCCUCUGCCUUUGGGUUUGCAUUUGAUGCCAUCCUGGAUGUGCUGUCCUCGGCCAUUGUCCUCUGGCGUUAUAGCAACGCGGCGGCUGUGCACUCUGCCCACAGGGAGUACAUAGCCUGUGUCAUCUUGGGGGUGAUCUUUCUUCUGUCAUCUAUAUGCAUAGUGGUCAAAGCCAUCCAUGACCUUUCAACGAGGCUGCUCCCUGAAGUGGAUGAUUUCCUGUUCAGUGUCUCCAUUUUGAGUGGGAUCCUUUGCAGCGUCCUGGCCGUGUUGAAGUUCAUGCUGGGCAAGGUCCUGACAAGCAGAGCUCUCAUUACAGACGGGUUCAACUCCCUUGUUGGGGGAGUGAUGGGCUUCUCCAUCCUUCUGAGUGCGGAAGUGUUCAAACACAACUCCAAAGUCUGGUACCUGGACGGCAGCAUCGGCGUCCUGAUCGGCCUCACCAUCUUUGCCUACGGGGUCAAGCUCCUCAUCGACAUGGUGCCCAGAGUGAGACAGACGCGUCACUACGAAAUGUUUGAGUGAAGGCGGCUGGAGGGGCGGCAGGGGCUGCCCCGGCGAAGAGCGUCACCAUGGUGACGAGAGGUUUCCGCGAAGGCAGAUGGUGCCAAUAUUUAACUGCACAUCCCGUUUCAUUUUGGGAAGUUUUCGUUCAUAGAGUCCGUCAUCAUGGGAUGAGGUCUGCCUGGAGGCUGGACCUGCCCUACAUCCUCACCCGGUUGCCCGCUAUCAAACACGUUAGGACGAUGUUGCCCGUGGGAGGGGCCUGCCACGCUUCCCAAUCUUGAGCCGGAAGUGACAUUUUCUAUUUCCUGGAGUCAAACAGUUCUUGGAAGCAGGCUAGGGUCUCUGCUUGACAGGAAGCCACUCGUGGCGCUCACUGUCAGCCAAAACCAGACAGUAACUGACCGAGUCACCUCCUCCCGACACACGUGGCCAAGCCACCUCCAGAUUCACACUCCUCUCUCCCAGCAGAUUCCAUCAGAAAAUGCCCUCCUAACGUCUAUCAACCCUUUCCUACACUUUUACUAAUCCCGACACUAAAUGGAUUUGUUCAGAAGGAGACCAUUCUAUUUUUUAAGGUGUUUAGUGACCUAUGAGCUUUGCAUGGACAGGCUACGUAAGCACACAGCCCUUUCUUCCACAUCAGAACCUGCACAUUCAUGAGAACCCAGGAACCAUUUUUGAGAGAUGUGAAACUCUAUACAUUUAUUUGUAAUAAAUAAUUAUAAUCAUUACCUGAA